UAUAAUUUGCGACAACGAUGGCGCCAACAAGAUCACUUCCGGUUCAUUUUCACUUUUUGUUGACCACCGAUGUAAACUAAAGAUAUGGAUGAGAAUGACUGAUAUAUCCCAAGUUAUUUAUACAGAUAUGUGAAACAAAUGUUUUGUACAUUAGAGAAAUUUGUAAAUACAAAGUGAAGGAAAAAAAAAAUGUAAAAGAUACAUUGAUGGGCGUGACAUUUUAAGAAAGUGAUAUUGCAGAUGAAGUUUGGGAUGGAUGUGAAUAAAAGUAUAUUAUUGAUUUGUCUGUUGAUUGUGGAUGUACUCUUAGAACCAGUUGUCCAGGGAGCUGAGAGCAGAGGAGGGGGACCAGCAAUAGUACAGCUUUCCCAAAACAGUAAUGGAGCAGUCCAGUCUCAGGUCAAUCAGCAAGUUGUGAAUCAAGUAAACCAGCAAAAUGAUGCUAAAAUAAACAAUAAUUAUGUCAAAAAGAAAAACAAAAAAAAGAGAAGGAAAAAACGAACCAGUGAUACAAUGGGAAUACCUGUUCAUUUAAACAAUGAGCAAGUUCAGAAGAGAAGUGACACACAUGUAAAUAGUUCUAAUGUUAACAACAUUCCAAAUAACGGAUUUAUAAACGUUCAUGAUCAUGUUCAACAAUCCUUGACAGAUACAAAAAAUACAAGUAGAGUUAAUAAUAACAAUCCUCAACCAGGAAGUAAUAUACAACAAUCUAUAAAUACACCUAGUCCUGUAUCAAAUUCUUUAAAUAAUGUAGAAACUAAAGUGAAAUCAUUGGAUAAUAGUAAUUUUAAUAAAGGUGACAAUAAUAAUAAUGUUGCUGCUGAACCCCCACCAGUACAGAAUGGCAAUACGGGUCUCAAUUCCAAUAAUGUAGCUAAUCAACAAGCUGGGGGCAAUAAUCAAGCUGUGGAGAUUCCAAUGAGGCAGUCCGUUGGUCAAGGAAGAGGUGACAUUCCAGUUCAGAAUAAUCCUGUCAAUUUUGACCAGCAACAACAACAACAGCAGCAGCAGCAGCAGCAGCAGCAACAACAACAACAACAUCAAGAACCUGUGUUUCAACAACAACAACAACAACAACAAGACAAUAGGGCUUCAUUUCAAACGAAUCAAGAAUCAUUGACAAAGAAAGCAGAAAGCAUGAGAAUCAUGUGGGAUUGGAGUGACUUUCUCAUUAAUUAUGAACAAUAUGUGAUGCCAGAACAGAAGGUUCGGCGUGCACCACAGGCCACAACAGGUGAACCAUGGCCUAUGCCACAGUAUUAUACAACAAAACGAAACAAAGUUUAUAAAAUUAAUAAGGAUAAAUUUCAGUUUAGAAUUGUAAAAGAGUCUUGUGAUAUAGUUGAGAAAGCUGUGAUUAGGUACAAGGACUAUAUAAUUAAUGAUACCAUCCUGGAUAUGCAUAAUAAUUUACAAUACGCUAGAGGUUCCAACUUUGAGGAUUUAUCAACAAAGUAUGAAAAAGAAAUGUAUAGAAGGGCUCCUUAUCUGGAUGCUGUUACAGUCAAAAUCAGAAGGCCAUGUGCCAAACUACCAAGUGAUAAAAUGGAUGAAUCUUAUGACUUAUUUGUGAAGAGAAAGGCAUCAUAUAUUUGGGCCAAUGAAGUCUGGGGCGCCAUAAGAGGACUAGAAACUUUCAGUCAGCUGGUAUUCAGAGGGGUUGAUGAUGAGUUAUACAUCAAAGACACGACAAUAAAUGACUACCCAAGAUUCCAGCAUAGAGGGAUACUACUAGAUUCCAGUAGACAUUUUAUGUUUAAAGAUGUUAUUUUUGAUGUACUUGAGGCUAUGGCCAUGAACAAGAUGAAUGUUCUUCAUUGGCAUAUUGUGGAUGAUCAGUCUUUCCCAUACCAUAGUAAGGUUUACCCAGAUCUAAGUCAAAAGGGAGCAUAUCACCCUUCCUUUGUAUAUAGUCAUGAAGAUAUUGCUGAAAUUAUAGACUAUGCCAGACUCAGAGGUAUCAGAGUUAUGCCAGAGUUUGAUACCCCAGGUCAUACCUAUUCAUGGGGACUGAGUAGACCAGAUCUACUGACUCAGUGCUAUCAAGGAGCUCAUCCUGUAAAUGGUUAUUUGGGUCCCAUGGACCCCAGUAAAAACGAGACCUACAGAUUCCUGAAAAACUUCUUCAAUGAAGUAAUGCAUGUGUUUAAAGAUCAGUAUCUACAUUUAGGUGGAGAUGAAGUUCCUAUGACUUGUUGGUCCUCUAAUCCAGAAGUUUUAAAGUUAUUAAAUCAACUUGAUGGUAAACCUGACCAGCCAAUUAACUUACAGAAUAAUGAUCCAUAUAUGUACAGUUAUGAAAUCAGAAAAGUUCUUGAGUAUUAUGAAAAGAGAUUGACGACAGAUUUGAAAAGCAUCGGUAAUAAAAGACCAAAUGGUGUAAGAUUUGUUAUGUGGCAGGAAAUUAUGAAUAAUAAUGUUCAGCUCCCUAAUGAUACCAUCAUACAGAUAUGGCAGGGUGAUAUGGGAGAUGUACAGCGAGCUAUAGAUAUGGGAUAUAAUGUGGUGUAUUCUACCUGCUGGUACCUAGAUCUCAUAGAAUAUGGAGUAAAGUGGCCUAAAUAUUACAACUGUGACCCAGUUGAUACUUCAUUUGGAUAUCAAAUUAAUGAGAAGAAAGUAUUAGGAGGUGAGGCCUGUAUCUGGGCUGAAUAUCUGGAUAAUGAGAACUUGAUGACAACUUUAUGGCCGAGGGCAUCAGCUCCUGCUGAAAGAUUGUGGAGUAAUAAAGAAGUCCGCGAUGUAGAGGCUGCAGGAAAACGACUGACUGAACAUAGAUGUAGAAUGUUGAGUCGAGGUCUACAGGUUGGGAUGAUAAGUGGGCCAGAUUAUUGUUUACGUAGAGGCCGUAGACAUGACCGUGAUGGUGAACGGAAUUGUACUGGAGGUAGAUGCUAUCGUGAUGUAAUUCAGUACGAGAAGAUUAAUGUCCACGUACAACAGAGAGGGAAGGCUGAUUGUAAUCAGAUGAUGGCCAGCAGUGGUUCUAUGAUGUCCACAGUUCUCAUUGUUAUAGUUGUGUUAAUGUUCUUCAUUGCAAGUCUAAAAGUGUCGGGAGCUAAAGUAGUACAAGUGAAAAUGUGUAGAAAUAAGACAAUUUUAAUAGCAUUUUUAGGACUUCUUGUUGUAUAUUUUAUGUGUUAUACAUCCCUAUGGAUAUCUGUUAUGGAGAUCAAGGGAUCAUUUGAAAAGAGAGUGAAAUCUUCUUAUCCAGAAUCGAAAUACAGCUGAAAUUAUUAAUGUACCACAAUAGAUAUAAUAGUCCUCUUUCACAUCACAGGGUGUUAUAGGCAUACUCAACAUAGUCAAAAAUGGCAAAAAAAUUAUGUCUUGUUAAAAAGGAUUGAUUCAGAUUAUAAAUCAACUAAGUGUAAACCAACUUAUAUUCAUAAGCAAUGUAUUUUUAUGGACUUUCUCGAGUAGAAAAUGAAAAAUGAACAGGAAUACAAAAAGUUGCAAAUAAGUUACAAAUGAAUCUUCUCUUGUUUGAAUGCUUAAAAAAAUACAAAAUAACAAACAUGUAAAUCCAUGUAAGGAGCUGAACCUAAAAAUAAGUUGGUUUACAGUACAUGUAGUUCAAUUUUUGUGUUUUAGUAAAAAAUGUGUGUGUCAGCUACAUAGUUUGAAUGUGAUUUGGUGUUUUCUUUUUGUAGUUUGGUUGUAUCUUUUUUUCCUUCAUUAGAUUCUUUUAUUUGUGUCAAUACAGAUUAUCUGAAUCAAUCUUUAAAAGGAAAGACAUGGUAUAUGAUUUUUGUUUUUCGUUUAUUAAGAGUUUACAGGGGUGCAAAUAUUUAUGCCAUCCCAGAAAUACAAAGUUUUUUUUAAAUAUCAAUUUUUCAGAUAAUCUUUCUAAUUAUACAGUGUGGCUAGCUGUAUUAAUACAUAUAUAUAUAUAUAUAUAUAUAUAUAUAUGUACAUCGACAGAUGCAGUUUUAAACAUAAUAGUAUAAUUAGAUCUUGCAUUAUUAUUUCAACAAGACUGAAAUAAGAAUCUCAAAGAGAAAGAAAAUAGAUAAACAGCAAAAAACUGCUAGAUUGUGAAUUGAUUAGUGAUUGUUUUCUGGAUAAAAAUUUUACCCUGGUAACUGACUAACAAAAUUAACCCAAAGAUAUAAGACACAUAAAUUACUAAAUGAUAGAAUUGAGAAUGGAAGUUGGGAAUGUGUCUAUGAGUCAGCAACCCAACCAAAAAGCAGAAACACCUAAACACAUUUAAAAAUAAUUAUGAAACUGAUUUAAUAUUUGAUUGGGUAACAUGAGCCUUUAGUUGUUUGGUAAGCAAAGAGAAACAAACCUUGUUUCAGCAUUAAUAAGCAUUUGCAAUAAGUAUAGUAAGCUAGUCAUUUCUCCAAUUUUGUGUCGAUACAAGUUGAUAAAAAGGUGUUACAAAUUUGCAGUAUGUAUUUAACUGGGCUCAUUUUAGUGAUAUAUUUAUAAUUGAAGUAAUAUUUCUGUUAAAAGUGACAUGCUUCCAAGUCCUCUAUGUUAGAGAUUGUCCUGGUAUAAUAUGAGAAUAUAUUUCUAUUUUGUAUAAUCUAAGUAUUUUGAUUUGUUCAGAAAAAGUCACAUGUGCAACAGUAUUUUCAAAGGUAGACUGAAAUUUCAAUGUAAAAGUCAUAUUGCAAUAUUUAAAUAAUUGAAACUUAAAAGCCUUAACAAUUUGUGAUGUAAUUGUUUUAGCCAAUCAAAUGAAUUUUCUGUACUGUUUCUGAAAUUUAGGCAAUAAUAAAAUAAUGAUUAUAGUCUUAUUUUUAAGUCAAUACUACGAUUUACCUAUUUUAUUUAAAAGGUAUGUUGACCUCAGACUUUGUCCAUGGUGAAUAUACUUCUUUCAGGUUGAUAUUUGUCCUUGUAUUGAAUUCAUAGAAAGGCUAUAGUUCUAUAAUAUCUAGAAUAAAUGAUUAUUCUAUAUUUUAUGUUAAUCAAUGUAUAAUUUGUUUUUAACAAGUUUGUGCUAGCAUUUGAAUAAUUUUUAACCAAGAGUAUGCAUGUUGUAAGUAGGGUUUAACUUACUAAAACAUAUAGGUAAAGGAUACAUAUUUUCUGAGAAGUUUUCUUUUCAUAAUGCAUAAUCUGUACAUAGCUUUGAACAGUUGAAUGCAAUAUAUAUUAGUGCAAAGAAAUUCAGUGAAUUUAUGAAGCAGAUUAAAUUUGAAAAUUCUAUGAAUUUUUGUCUGUAAAUAUAAUUGUGAAUAUUGUAUAUAAGUUUUGAUUAUAAAUUAUUGUUAUAUUGAUUUAUGCUUUGUGCUUCCACCGAUGUUUUAUUUUACACCAUUUGCCAGUUGGGUUUGAUCAAUUAUAUGCAUGAAUUUUGUACAUAGAUUAGAAAUAGAUUUCUAUUUUUUUUAAUGAAGAAAACAUUUGAGGAACUGUUUGAGUACUCUUGGCAUCAACCAACGCAGUAAAAUAUAAUUAAAAUUGAAAUUAAAUUUUUAAAGAAAAUUAAUACAUGUAAAAUUUAGAACUAUUCAUUUUAUAUGAAUGGAAUAUCUGAUGUUAAUGAAUUUAUACCACCUUUUAUUCAAGAACUUGAAUUAUUGGUAAUGGUAUUCUAAAUAGAACUUUUCAAUUCAAGUUCUUUCUUGUAUAUUUCCUAUGUCACAUAAUGUUAUUACUUCAUCAUUAUAAUGUUUUGUUAGAUUACAAUUAAUGUUAUAACUUUGUUCAAAGAAACUUUUUUUUAUUUUAGUAUUUUUGCUACUUUUUGGUAUUUGGCUGUUUUUGUUUUUUUUUCAGCUGUUUCCAACUUUUUAUUAAUGAUUGAAUGCUUUUAUUUCUGCACUUGUAUAAUAUCACCAGUCAUUUCAAAACCUGUAGAAUUUUUGUUAGUAAACCGUAAACAUUCCACCAUUUCAACAUUUUUGAUUAGUUUUAUUCAAAGUGAUAUUUUGAUACACAGUACUGUGAAAGAAAUUGCUCUACAGGUAGGUAACCUGUGUAAAAAUUAUAAUUGAUGAGUCUUAAGUGAGUAAUAUUAAAAUGGUAAUUUAUAAGAAAACUGGAAUUAAAUAUGAGAAAUAAAUUAUUUAAACUGUAAUGUAACUGAAUGCCUAUGUAAAUGGAUGGUGAUGUAGCAUGUAUAUUUGGAAAAAAGUUUGAUAAAAACUGCCAAAAUAUUUAUGGUGCAGUAUUAAAUCAGAUUUUAUGAUAAUUGAUAAAAAUUCUCUUCUGUAUGUUAUGGUCCUUUGUAAAACAUUAGAAUAUAAAGUUCAUUUUAACAAAUAAUUGUAAUUGAAUUUAUUUUACUGAUAAGACAUUUGAUGUUCUAUUUUGCAGAGAACCUUGACAACCUUCAAGUCAAUCUCUUGUAAAAGAUGUAAUGACUUUAGGUCACUUAUGUUAAAAGUUCUCUAAUUUGAAAGAGAGGCUAAAAUAUGGUUUUAUGAUAAUAUGCAAUUUAGAAAAAAAAGACUGAUAUAUAAUUAAACAGGGACAGGUUGAAAAGUAGCCAAAAACCAUAUUGUUUAAAAAAAAAAAUGACUCGCAAAUAAUUAUAUGAUUUUCUUAUGUUUAAAAAAUAAAUGACAUCUUUUUAAAGUUCUCAUUCAUGCAUCAUCUUUGUAAUGUUUAUAGCAAAAAAAUGUUUUGUCAGUUUGUUAUGUUUGUUAUAAUUUUUUGAGUCGAAAACAAUUAAAUAAAACCAAAAUAAUGACAACUUGAUUAGUUUUUGUUGUUCAGUGAAAGAGACAACUUUUAUUGUUCAGUAGAAACUUCAUUUAAGCAUUGUUUUAAAUAUAUAAUUAAAAAAACUUAUCAUGUACUAACUUAUCAUGUACUUAAAUUAAUUAUCAUUUUCUUGUGUUCAAUGUAUGUUGUAUUGUUAAAUCAGUAUUACAUGUGCUUCAUGCUAUUAAUCUGUACUAUAUGGUUUAAUUUUAAAACACUAAAUCAAGAAACUCGGUUGUGGUGACUUGUAGAAAAAAAACCAAAUCAAAAUAGAUCUACACCUCACUAAUAAUUUUUUUUUUACAUUUACUAACACAUAAAUUGCUGUUAUAUUUUUUAAGAUAAUUAUCAUGUAAGUACUUAAUAGAGUUUAGACUUUUUUUUCGAGUUAAAGGUAUGAUAAAUAGAUAUACUGUAAAAAGAAAAGAAGAAUUUCAUUGUUCAGGUUUUAAUAUCAUUUAUUUUGUGGAUAUAUAUGUAAAUCAUCCGACAAAUUGAAUCCUGAAAGAAAUCUUUAUCUUUUCUCACAGCCUGAAAUACAGGAAAAUAAAUCCCUGAUAAAAUUGAAUUAAGAGGCAAAAUUCUGAAAUUUUUUAACACCAUGAAAAUUGCUUUAUCUACUGAGUAAAGACAAUUCAGUUGAGGAAAAUUUCCAGAUAGUGUUUUGAUCACCUUUAUUUGAAAAUAACACCUCAUUGAUAAGUUUUUUUUGUCAUUUUCUACAGCACAAUGCAUAGUUAUUGCUUUUCUUGUGCCAGUUUUUAUAUUUCGGGUAAAAUUGGCAGCCAUAUAUUUAUUACAUUACCAAAGUUUUGUUUUGAUUUGUUGAAACAGAGUGCUCAGUGUGAUCAGUGCUUUGAUUGUUUAAAUAUUUCAGGCUUAACUGAAGCAGCUGUACAUGGUUAGUGACUUAAGUGUCUUGUUUGUCUUAUGCUGUAAAGUAGCUUUGGUUUAAUUUAUGAAAAGCUUUGAAAUACAAUAAACAUUUGUUUGCUCAUACAAACUGACAAUAACUGUUUAAAGUCAAAAGAUAUGUGUAGUUAUGAAGAUCUUUUCUUUGUACUAGAGUUUCACAAUGUUUUUCAAAAUUAUAUAUUUGAACCAAAGGACAAUUACACCGCCGUCCUAAGUUUAAUAUGUAGUACAGAAUUUUUUCAACUAAAACAAUUAAGUAAAAUAAAUUUGUAAUCAUUGCUAAUUCAUUAUUAGAUUUACAUGAGAAAAAAAUCCAACCUUGUAUAUCAAAGCAAUAAAAAAUGCCAAGUCUGCUGUUCUUAUGACUUUUAGUAUAAUUGAUUUCCACCUUUGAUUUUGAUUGAAUUAGUAAUGGUAAGGAUAGCACUGCUAGUUCAAUCUUGUAACUAAUAAUGAUAAACUAGAAACUGUCUGAUAAUUUGUCUAAUCAAUGUACUUAACAUGAAAUAGUAACUACACUUUUACAUGUAAAUUUUGUUUUUUUGUCUGAUUUUUCCUGUUUUAUAAACUGUUCAUUAUUUGUAUUUCUUUGAGAUCAAUAAAGUGUACAUAAUUGUU